UGCGUUCCUACGGCAACGCGUCGAAGCUUCCUCGAGGAGGAUCAUGGGAAACAAUUCUGGCUACUGAACAGGAGGGAGUUUCGAAAUAUUUCACGAUUAGCUACGGUAUAACAUGCAAUACCGUCGUUAUAUUACGUUUUCGAUGUAAACAUAACACAUUUACGUCGUGUUGCUUGGCCAGAGGGAUCCUGUAAUUUCGAUUAACACACCCUGAAUGCAUAAUCACGGCGAAGAACUGAUGCUGCUUGUUAAACAUGGAGCUAAAGUUGGAGGUUGUUUUGUCAUCCAGCAUCAAAAGGAAGAAACCAUGGCCGCGAUUCUGCUGGCUUGGGCAGGAGAAGGAGUCUGUGUUCCUGCUAGAUGACAAACGAAUCAGUGAAAUCAACAUGGUGUCUGGUCGCACCAAGAAGAGGACCCCUAAACUCCAUCCUUUGCUCAGCAGUGUGGUGAAAAUGGCUUCAUCCCACAAUGGUAUGUGGCUUUGUGGACUUCUGGUCUCAGGAGAACUCUUUCUGUGGAACAGGGAUAAAGACUUGUUGAAGACUGCUGCAGCUGCCCCAGAAGUUGUACAAAUGCUUACCUCUGGUCAAGGAAAUGCAGCGCGCUUGUCUCUACAGGUUUCAGGGGAUGGAAUGCGUGUGCUACUGGUAGCCAUAACAGGGCAAGUCUUCCUGUGGGAGUGUAUGGAUGUCAGGGAUUUGACAGGAGUACGAGAUGGCACAGUCAAGGGACACUGGGCACAUAUACAGCCCCUUGAGAAAACCAUUCUGCCUUCCCAACAAGACAAAGAAGCAUCCCAGCACACCAUUUUUGUAAAGACAGAGGCUAUGGGUGAUGCCUGCUUAUCAGCCCUUGUUUUCACAUCUGGAAAGAAUCUGAUCAUCACCUGUCUGAAAAUUCAAUGGGAGGAGGGCCACAUGAGAGUGGGUUCUUCGGGAUAUAGCAUACAGUGGGCCACCAAAACACACCCCAUGUCUCAUCUCACCCCACCCUGCCAACCAGUGAAGUCUAGAGGGGCUUUGGUGCCAGCCUUCUCCCCAGAUGGCCGACUGUUAGCCAUCGUCCUGAACCAGAGGCAGCCAAAGGCUACACAAGUCCUUUAUGUGAGCACACAGAAUUUUGUCUCAGUAUCAAGUGGCCUCGGAGGAUGUGGAAGUAAGAAAAUGGAAAUCCCCUCUAAAUAUAUAAGGUCCUACUGGGUGGGCAGUGUGAGUUGGUCACCCAGUGGCCUUUUCCUGGCUUGUGUCCUCAAGAGAGGCUCCCUGCUUAUGGUGGCUCGCCUUGGGGGGCUUCUCACACUAACAAGCACUGGUUGCAGUGUUGACUUUGGGCCUGCACAAUUCCUACCCCUGCACCCUCUCGUCACGUACAGACCACCAGUGUCUGCAGGAAAAGGGGAGGCCUCUAUGUCCAGUUCUAGCUUGUCUGUGCAGGACAUCCUGAGGCAGCGAUAUUCUGUGACCUGGCAUCCACGGCUGUUGUAUCUCAUUGUGUCUGAUGGCUACAUGGCCACAGUCAUGAGGGUGCUAGAUAGGCCUUCUCCUGCUGUGUUCCUGAAAACACUCCUAAAGGACACAAGCAAGGAUCUCGAGAAGGCCAGCCGGAUACUGGAUAAAUCACAGAUUCAUGUGAGGGCAUGGUUGGAGUCUGUAUCUUGCCUGAAUCUUGACAGCAGCCUUGAGGCACUCAACCCCACUGCUACAUGUGGACCCACCACCACAGACUCUGUCUUCUCAGCAGCCACAGAGAGGUCCACUUUGCCACUUUUCCUGCAGGACCAGGGGACACUGGGUGGAACCAAGGAGCUUCUUGAAAAAGUACAGACUUUCUUUGAGGAUGACUCUGAUUUAGAUGGACCUCCUGCUGGUUCUCAUUUGGAGGCUGGUGGUCGUUUGGAGUUUGCUUCCAUGUUUGACACACUCCAUGCCCUGGAUACCCACACUGACUCUGGACUUAUUACUGGUCCAGAUUAUCAAAAGGACUUUGCCGAAACAGAGAGAAAGACUUCUCUUCAUCGUGAACUUGGGAAAAUCCAGAGUAAACUGCUAACAGCCUGGGCUUUUAGCAUGUCUCUAGGAAAUGCUGUGGAACACAGAGCUGGUCUGCUGAAGCAUAUCCUCUGUUGUGUGGUGCGAUUUGCUGCUUUGCUCCAUUUGAUCCCCAGCUCCACGGUCCACACAGGAAAAAAGAAUACCACAGUUCCUACUUGCCUGCUUCAUCUUAUCAAAGCCCUUCUAUCUUUUCUUCCCUGGGAUAGCGCUCACUCAGAUGGGCCGUGCUGCCUGGGGCUGGUGGUAGAGCUCAGUAAACGGCUGGCACGUCUCAUGCUGACCCCUCACCCUGAGUUCUACCAGACCGGUCACUGUCAGCUGUCAUCUCAAAAUCUAUCCUCCACCCUGCAUAUCUUGCAGCUGGUCUCUGAUUCUCUAGACCACACCUACAGCCUGCAGCAAAGAACUGUCUGGUCCUCUGCAGAGAAGGAAUCUAUUUCCCGGCCACCACAGCUCUGGCCUUCAGAUGUACACUAUGUGCCUCUGCUACAAUUUGAAGAGAAAGCAAAGAAUCUCAGCUCGCUACAUCAGGAACAGCCUGUCCCUCAGCGACCAUCCAGCAGAUUGUUUGGAGUAUGGCAGUGGGUGUACAAGAUCACCCAGCAGUAUCUGGAAGAACUUGAAAGGUUUAAAGGCUGCGAUGGGUGGGAGGAGGAGCAGCAACAGUUGUCUCUCAUCAUGUCACAGAUCCAAACAGCUCUGCAGGCUACAGGAGGAAGGCUGGAGGAGGGCCCUGCACUGCUGAGUUACCCAGGUGAACAUCUUUUCCUGUGUGGCAUGUAUCCAAAAAGUGCUGAUGCUUGGCAGUCCCAAAUUUGUGAGGAGAGUGUCAAAAGUUGUGAUCGUAGGGUCUUCCAGGAGACACGGCUUUGUCUGGCACUCCUGUACAGUCUCUUGUCCCAGUAUUGUCUAAGGGAGGCCCAGGAGUUAGGUGACCACAUGGCCCGCCUAAUACUGCACAGGGCUGGACACCAGAAAGACAAUAUGUCUUGCAUAACAGACUCUCUUCCUUGCCCGUGGCUCCCGAUGGACCUCCAAAGUGAAGCAGCCUGUGCAGUGGUUCAGACCCUGGGGAGAUUCAUGGCCUCGUACUUCACCAACCAACCCCUCCAUAUCCUGCCCCCUCACAAUGUGACUGUCCUGCCUCCACUACAUUUACCUGAUGCUCCCAGUGUUGGGCGCUUGGUGCCACUGUGCCAGGAGGAGGUGGCUUCAGCAGUUCGACAACAGCAUCUGUCAGAAGUGUGGACAGUGGAGUACGCCCAGGACCUGCUCCUGCUAGGAGGUCUGCUUCCUGAGGCUGUGUGGUUGGCUUACCAUCUUGGGGACUGGAAGACAGCAGUGUCUCUGAGUCUGGCCUAUACAAGCUAUUGCACUGAUCACUUCAACUUUGCUCGGCUGAGGAGGAGAGAGCUCCAUCUCCCGACAGUUCUGGAAGCAGAAAACAUUUUUCAGGCUGAGUUGGAGUGUCUUCUUGGCAAUAAGUCCAACUCCCAGGAGCACAGAGACAUGGAUGGUGACAAGAGCUUUAUAGACCCUUUGGAAGGAGAAGACUGGGAUUCAUUGCAGGUUUCCAUACAGGAGAUUCUGAAAGCAUCAGUCAUGGCUGGAGUGAACGUUAUGUCUUCACCCUUGUCUUCCUUGCUGGAAACAGCCAAGGACUUGUGUUCCUGCCUACCUAUGUUGGUGCCCAAUGGACUAUAUCUACCUUCCCCACCUCUUUAUUGUCCUCAGCCUUCCCCCAACACACAGGACCCAAUAGGGACAACAGGGCAGUUUGCAGAAGUUGCAUCACGUCACAAAGUGUCUGGGGUUCUGCAAAGAUUACUUUUACUUCUGAGAUCUGCUCGUUGUUGCCAUCCUGCUGCCCAGUGGUACAUCACCCAUCUGCGCCAUGCCAGACACCUACUAUACAAGAUCAAGAAGAAGUACUCAUAUCCAGCGGCUGCUGAAGAAGAGAGGGCUUUCCCAGACGGCCUGAUGAAGUUUGUCACCCGAAGUGGAUUCUUCAGACGGGGACUUAACAAAGACAGUCACUUGGACCCUGAUACCAUCCAAAUUAUAAUCUGUUUCAGAGAGCUGUGUGGUUUAUGCUGGAUGCUGCAUGUCAGAGACCAACUCUCCAUUUCCUGCAGGAAAUAUCAGGCUGCCAGACAGCAGAGUAGAGAUGAACAGGUCUCUGGUGAUUCAGAAGUGAGAUCUAGCUGCAUCGAUGCUCUCCAGUGGGCCUGUCGUUUUCUGCCUUUCUCACGCUUUCUCAAUGCUGAAGAAAUUCUUCAGGACAUACUACUCAGCCUUGUGUCUGAACUACCUCCCGCCUCUUUGGUGGCCGACAUGCUGGUGCGAGCCUUCCCGCAGGAGGAAGAGUCUGUCAGAGUCCCGCUGAGAGAGAAGUAUAACUCACUGCUGCAGAGACUGAGGCAAUGCAGUGUCCUUGAAGGAGAAAAAGAGGAGGUGGAUGAGUUGAUGAUGGUUCUGAUUCAAGACAAACACAGGCAGAGGAGAAAACAUCUUGGGCGUUUGCGGAGGCACCUGGCCCCACCUGAGCUCCAUCUGUGGGAGAAAGAGGAGGAAGAAGAGGACAGGGGAAGCAAACACGGGAUGGCCGUGUUAAGGCAGCUCUCACUGGGUACAAGCCUGAGCACCAGCACUUUAACAGACUGUGGGUUCCCCCCAGUGUGUAGUGAUGGAGACACAGCAGAGAAUACAUCUGAGGCCAUCUCCCCUGAACAGCACAGCCAGCUCAUGACCAGGGACAAAAAAGCAAAAAAAGGAAGAGACAGACAAUAUGCAAAGAAGACUGCUGUUAAGAUCAAAAAUGCUAUUCAAGAGGAGACUCACCUAGACGACACCAAGGGGAGUGAGAAGUCCUCCCUACCAGUGGUUGGUACCUGGGAGUUUGAGUUGGAAGAUGAGGAGUACUUAAACUUCCUGGAGCUCUUCCUCAGCUAUGUGCUAGAGAAGGAUAGCGCUGAUGGAGGGGACUCAGGCAGUGAACUUCCUUUGCUGAAGAGCUUCUCCUCCCAGCUGAGGGAGAGAGAGCUGCAUUCCCUCACUUUUGAUGUGCUCACGAGUAUUCAUCGCCGUCAAAGAGAUGGGCACCACCCUGGGAGAAAACACUGGAGUAAUGAUCCCCCAGUGUUCAGAGCUGGGUGCUGCUACAAGCCUGUUAAACAAGGUACAACACCUGAGCCACAAACAUCUUCCAUUUGGAGUGAAGCCCCCAUAUCCAGAACUAGCCUUUCUGUCAGCUCUCUUCCUGGGCUAAGAACUGGCAGGCAAAAAGGUUUGUUUGGCCUCCGACAGCAAAGCAGUGUGCCAUUAGCCCAAAGAAUGAAAGGAGGCCAGUCUGCUUCUGAAACUAGCCCUGUUCAAAGUGCCUUUCCCAUGGGGCAGCCACCAGAGGCCUCGAUAUUUGGCUCCUCAACUUCAGUGGAAGCUGUGAUUGAACUGCAGCAGGGUCUGGAUCCUAAAUUAGAGGCUCAGUUUCCAGAGCUGGGCAGGCUGCUGGAGUGGAUGGUACGCUGGGCUGAUAGGAGGGUGCUACUGGGACAUCAUGGCAAAAAGAAGAAAGAGAGGGGAGGAGGGGCUGGAGGGGCAGCAAAUGAAGGAGUAGUGAUUCGUGUCAAAGCCUCAGCGCCCGCUGUCCUCACUUCCCUCAGCUUACUGGAGUGGAGGUACACUGCUCUACUCGGGAUGGACAGCUAUAGUGCCCACAUCCAAGUUCCAGAAACACAAUGGACUGUAGCCCCUGUGCUGCAACCUGAUGUGGGCAGGAAGCUGGAGAGAGAGAGCAGUGUUGAUACAGGCUACCCUGGGUCAGCCAACACUCCCAUCACUGGUCUUGAUCACAAUCUACAACAAGGAGAACUGUCCAUUGGUUCUCGUACAGAUGAACCAGAGGAACUGACAUUUCACAGGACACCUCUCUCUAAUGACCAGGAUCAACUGACUCUUGAUGCUCAACGGAGACAGUCCCACUCACAACAACUAUCUCUCGAUGACUUAGAUGUUACACCUGAAAAAGAAGGCAAAAGUAGUAGCAGUGAGGGAUUGGAGGUAUCAUCCUCUAUUUCCCAUGGAAACAUCUGUACACCUGAAACGUUUUUUUUCUGUCAUCCCAGCAGUCUACAAGCUCCUCCACACCCAGAACCCCAAGCUCCUCCCAUUGUCCAGCCUGAGGCCUCGGUUCAUGCAGAGCGCACUGAUUCAAUUGGAGUGCUGCUCCCCAAUACACCUGUAGAUCCUCCAAGCCUUCAACCACAAAGCUCCACAGCUGGUGCACCCACUGCUGUUUCUACUGACCCCAAUCAGCCAUCAUCAACUCAGACUCCACCAAUGAGACAGCGACUGGGUGAAGACUUAUUUAGAUUGGUUCAGAAUAUCAACUACAUGAGUCUGAUGGAAGUUUUGGGAGCAUCAUUUUCCAACCUGCAACUUGCCCAGCAGAGCUCUGCUUUGGCUCAGUCUAACAUGAACUCCUCACACCCUAAUGUGCCUUCAUCUUAUACGACCAAUUUCAUUACUCAACCAAAUGUCUUACCUGUUCAGACCGCCAUUUCUGCAGCACCGCAGACACAGGCAGGUGUGCCAAAUUCAGGAUCCAAAAACACUCACUUCAGUCAGGCCCCUGUAUGUAUGUUUGCAGACCAGCCUGCUGUACAAAGCUCAGGGAAAACCUCUCCAACAGAUGGCCAGCAUCAGAUCACCAGGAAUCUACCCUCCACUGUGAAUAGUGCAGGUGUAAAUUAUCAGGAAAUGCAGCCUCUGACUGUCCAGGCAGAGUCGCCAGAAAUCCAGUUUAGACAAAACAGGAGGUUAAUCCCAUCCUCCCAGGGGCUACUAGCCACUACUGACAAUAGUCAUGCUGUUCCCAAUGCUCCCAUGGAGCUGCCCUCUAAUGAUAGCAUUCAAAAUGACCCUGCUUCCCAGGUCUUUGGCAUGAAGUUACUUCAGCUCCAUCGUCCUCCGUUGCCCCAGCAGAGUGCCCCACACUAUCCUCCAGUCCAAGUUGCCCAGAUGCUGCACACUGCAAACCUUGCACCUCUAGAAUCCCAUCAGCCCAAACUUAAACACAGUCAUCACGUCGCCUCAAAGAGGGCAGAAGAGGAAAAAAGAAAUGGGUCUUCAGUUCCAAGAAGACAUCUCAGUUUUAAUCAUUUACAUGAUCCAGCUCCCAGGAACUCUCAACCCCAGAUUCAGAUACCAGAGAGGUCCAGGGGGCAGGAGUUCUUGUUACUUCCUCCUGCUUUAACAGCUCAUAUGCCUGCACCAACGCAGGGCCUUCGCCUGCUGCACUGUGAACCUGCUCCACAUAGCAACAUCACCUUCCCCAAACUACCCUUACCAUCUUUUUCUAGGCCCUCCACCGCCAUUGCAGCUCCAAUUGGAGAAACACCUCCAAUUAAGCUUCUACAUAUAGAGUCUGGACCAAAAAUGAUUGUGCCCGUGGCAGCUCCUUCAACCCAAAUGACCCGUCUCUUCUCCAUGGAGGAGUUGACAAGUUCAGUGAUCGGGAAGCAGAACAUUGAAGAGGCUCAACUGCAGUUGCUUAGAGUAGACCCACCCACUGAAAGCACAAGACCAGCUACCACUUUUCCCAGCUCUAACUCCAGCAAGAGGCAGAGGAGGAGAGAGGAGAAGGCAGGGAGGGCAAGAAAAACAGAGGUCACAUUCAGACCAAAUGAGCCCAUCAUCCCUACGCAAGAGCCAACAGAGCCAGUAAAUGCAGAGCCUGCAGCUAUAGAGGAGAUCACCCCCGGACAUGACUUUGCCAUUCCUCUUGGAUCCUUUGACUCCUUGCUGACUGGUCAGAGAUUAUUGAACAAGGCCAUAUCCACUUCAGCUGAGCUCCACGCUUUUGCAUCCACAUGUAAAAGACCCCCAGAGUGCCAUGAUGCUUUCACCAACACAGACCCAACUUCUCCUCCCACACUUGUGGAUAAAGCUGUGUCUGCCUCCGUGGCUCCUAGAAUCCCUAAACCACAAAGUUCACAGAAUUUCCAGGUUUGUAAUGAACAUCCCGUUCAAGACACAGAUGACACCCCAAAGAAACCAGAGAAGAUUUUGGAUCUGCAUGGCCGCCAGUUCAUAAGUGUUUUGGAUCUAGAAGACAAAGCACUGCACCAUGAUUUGCCGCUGAGUCUCAGCCCAGGAACACAUGAUGUUCCUUCCGUCCGCCCCUCUUCACCCACUUCUGCUGAGCUUCAUGCUCUUGCAACUUCUGUUAUUAGGAGUGCUGCUGCAGCUGCUGAUCCGCAACCCUCAAUCGUGAUUCCAGACAAUCUCCUGAAACCCACCAUUUACCCAGAUUUCCCUGAGGAUUCUCUGCCACUCAGCCACAUUGAGCCCAAUACAGAUCAAGAGACAGUCACUUCACAAGAUGUGGCAGAUCCAACUCUCGACUCUACGAUUUGUCGAGCCAUAAAGACGCAAAGUGUUGGGCCUCACACAGCCUCCUCCUCGCCUCCUACAGUCUGGUUCUCCUCCCGCCUGUCAGAGCUGGAUGCCCAGUUGGCUGCACUACAGAACAUUGCAGACUAUCUGGAGAUGGACUUUUCCAACUCCAGGAUGCUGGUGAACACCAUUGAAAAGCUCACCCCGGUCUUGACUCCUGAUGUGAAGACUACAAUGGCAGUAAAAAAAACAGUCAGACUGUCUGUUCCACAGGAAGCAUGGACACCACGAUCUGACACUGAAACUGAACCGAACGUCCAUGAAGAGGAAGAGGAAAAUCAGGAACCAUCUUUCCAUUAUUUAUCCCCUUCUCACGGUCACAGAGUUGGUCCCGCCUAUCUUCACACCCCUCCAAAAACAAAAGAUCAGCUGACUGAAGCAUCUGGAAUAUCUCAUCUAUGGGAAGAUGAGACUCUAGGUCAGACUGGGCUAUCUGAUACAGCUGAGAUCUUAGACGAGUUGGUAAGGGAAGGGUAUUUAUCCCCGACUGACCUGGAUUUGUCCACUUCACACAUUGCACACCAUAACAGGCUGGAUCAGCAGCAAAGAAGCCGGAUGUCACAGAAAAGUGUCCUUCCAGAGGACGAGAGGAGAGAGCUGAGGAUCUGGAUGAGAAGGAAACAGAGGGAAAGACUGGUUGUUUAUCAAAAACACAGAGAGAGCCUGAGGGAGAGGGAGCGUAAACCUUUUUCUACCUCUGGAAAAGUGAAAUCAACAAACAGAAAUCAAACGACCAUUUGGAGAACAAGAGAGGAAAAAGAAAAGUUCAUGCUUCUGGAGCAGUACAACCAGAGGACCCAUGAAGCUUGUUCUUUAGCCAGUGACACUCUCACUACACGUCCAGUCCCACGCAGCUCUUCACAGGCUGAGGCUCCUCCGUUUCCCUCCACCACACGGUCUACCUCAGCUCCACCUGCUGGCAGCACUUACAGGGCUUACAGUGUAUCUGCCAAUGAUAAAAGAAUUACGUCCCAGUCAGGACAAACUCAGCCCCACCUCCGUCCAUGGACGGCUGAGGUGCAGGGACGGCCUUCUGAGGAUCACUCCAGGAGACUGGGACUACAUAGACCCGUUACCUCUCUGCCAAGGGAUCGUCUGUCUCAGGUGACCAGGCGUGGCAUGCUCACUGACACAAAGAGCCAUACUAAACUGCUCAGAGCCGGCCGGAGUGAGGAGCGGCAUGUUGGACUCCAGAGAAAGACACAGUCGACCAAAAGUCCGUCAGGAGCAACUGGAAUCCAGAGGGAGCAGACGAAGACAGAAGACAGAGAAAAGGUGAACCCUUGGGAGCCCUCCUCAGAAAUGAAUAGGCUCCUGGACCUAGGGGAGUCAGAGUCUAACAUAGUUUUGGCUGGGCUGUUGGAUGAGCAGGAUGAUGGUGCCAGAGCUGGUGUGUCAGGGAUGGACUGGCUGGACAACCUGUCUGAGAGCGCCAGCAGCAGCAGCCUCAGCAAAAUAGACUGGGCUGCUAUUGAGAGGAUGGUGGCUGCAGAGGACAUUUGAGUUUCUCAAGGAAAGGAAAAACAGUGCCAUGGUGACAAUAAAGUAGAUGGUAUAGGGAAAAAAAACUUCCAAGAUUUUAUGUGCCUAUUAAGAAUACUAUAAAUCAGAAGCAUUAUAAACUGUGAUAAUAGAAAUGAUCAUUUUUAGAUAUGAACAGUGGUGAUAAUAAAUGUGUUGCAACAGAUUGUUUUUUUUUUUUUUUAAUAUUUUUAAAGUAGACCUACAAUAAAUGUGAUGUAAUCACUUUCUUUGUCUUACUGACAUCUGAUGUCCUCUUCUUGAGAAUGUAGGUUUGUGCCAUUUAUGUGUAAGUGUGCAGAGUUUUCUAAAUUUAUAAUUUAUUUUUGUACAGCCUUGAUCACCUUACAAUUAAAUAUCUGGAUUAAAGCAUUUAA